AUGAUGGCAAGCCUCUCAGUCGAAUUGAUUGCUCCUAACGGGGUAAAGUACACUCAACCAACCGGCCUCUUUAUCGGUAAUGAGUUCGUGCCAUCUGUAGAUGGCGGUACGCUCGUCUCGAUCGAUCCUGCCACUGAGAAUGAAAUUGCAACUGUCCAGGCCGCUGGGGAGCGUGAUGUUGACGUUGCCGUCAGGGCAGCGCGUGAAGCUCUCAAACAUCCCUCCUGGAAACUGCUCCCAGUUGCGGAACGCGGGAUUCUCCUCAGCAAACUGGCGGACCUCAUAGAAGAGAAUCGCGAGCUCUUUGCCACGAUUGAUGCCUGGGAUAACGGGAAAACCUAUCAGGAGGCGUACGAUAACGAUCUGGUAGAGGCUAUCGGCGUCAUUCGUUACUAUGCAGGCUGGGCAGAUAAGGUCUUUGGCCAAGUCAUCAGCACCAAUCCUCAAAAAUUUGCCUAUACGCUUCGCCAACCGAUCGGAGUGGUCGCCCAAGUCAUCCCGUGGAACUAUCCGCUCUCCAUGGCGACUUGGAAGCUCGGCCCGGCCCUCGCCUGUGGAAAUACCGUUGUUCUCAAGGCCGCGGAACAAACCCCUCUUAGCAUUCUAGUCCUGGGUACCCUGAUCAAGCAAGCCGGCUUCCCUCCUGGCGUUGUAAACCUCAUCAACGGCCUUGGAUCAGUAGCUGGGAGCGCUCUAGUAAGCCACCCGCUCGUGGAUAAAGUCGCCUUCACCGGAAGUACCAGUACUGCCAAACUCAUCAUGGCUCAAGCGGCAAAGACGCUGAAGAAUGUCACCUUUGAGACCGGCGGCAAGUCUCCCUUGCUUGUUUUCGAUGAUGCGGAUAUCGAGCAAGCCGCAAAGUGGGCGCACCUUGGCAUCAUGUCGAAUCAAGGUCAAAUCUGCACUGCGACCUCAAGGAUCUUGGUCCAGGAUGAUGUCUUCGAUCAAUUCCUCGAGCGCUUCCGAAAUACAUUGGAGACGGUUAGCAAGGUUGGCAACCAAUGGGACAAUGAUACCUACCAAGGACCCCAGGUAUCAAAAGUGCAGUAUGACAGGAUUCUCUCCUAUAUCGAAGCCGGCAAGGCGGAGGAUGCAACCGUGGUGGCUGGCGGAGGCCCAUUGAGUAUCCGCAAUGAUGGAAAAGGAUUUUUCAUUGCCCCCACGGUAUUUACAGACGUUUCAACCUCGUCUACGAUUUGGAGAGAGGAGAUAUUCGGGCCGGUGGUUGUCAUUGGUAGAUUUAAGGAUGAGAACGAAGCUGUGAUGUUGGCGAAUGAUACCAUAUAUGGUCUUGGCGCUGCCGUCUUCACGAGAGAUCUGGAGCGAGCGCACCGUGUGGCAGCGGAGAUCGAUUCUGGUAUGGUGUGGAUUAACAUUCUCAAGAACAACACACCCCACACUCGUGCUUCCCUCCUGCCCGCCAAACGUGACCCGAUUGAGUGGCCCGAUAAGAAGGCGCCCAAGAAACAUCAAGACUCGUCGAAGAUGUCCGAGAACAACCAGCCAAAGCCACGACCAGCAACGCCGCCACAUCAUCCAACCCACAAUGUGCGUCUAUCAGAGGGAGCCUUGGAGCGAAUCGUCUCCGAGGUCUUUCGCGGGGCCAGCUCGCAUUCUGCCCAGCAAGCGCCGCAGGGGACCUUCUUCAAUAACCGCAUCUACUUCCUAACUGUGAGUCACCCUCUGGCCCGGGAUUACAUUGGCCCCGGGCCCCGCCCCGACGGCGAGAGUGUAGAACUCGUCGUCAAGGUCAUGGGCCAGUACUGGGGGGCCGAAAAGGUCCAGAACGAGGUCGCCUGUCUUUGGCUUCUGGAAAAACAUUGCCCGACGAUACCAUCGCCCACCGUGGUCGCCUGGUCUGAGGACGCCCGCUCGGUGACAGUGGUUUCUCCCGACAGGACCAAGCUCAGGCGAUCAGUCCUCCAAGUCCCCCAAUCCGAAAGCGAUGCGGAGCAUCAGUCACUGGGGUGGAUCAUGACAACGAAACUUCCUGGGCGGCCCGUCUCAAAUUUCGAACUAAGCCCCGAGGAAGAAGUAGCCGUCGGAAAGGAGAUGGCUCGAAUUGCGUCGACCUGGAGGACUUCUAUCCCGGCAGCCGAGUACUGCGGCAACAUUCGUAUCCGGUUCGACGAGGAGGGCUCAUCGAAGGAAGAGGUCCUGUCUGACCGUACCGAUACUCCGGGGUCAAACCUCACCGUGCUUGGGCUGCUGCCAGAUGGGGACCAUGUAAAGGACCAGUGUCCCACGAGGCUCGAUUACUUCCGCGCCAGGUUUGGCGAGAAGCUCGCCAAGCUCGAGACGGCCCCGGUGUUCGCCCGUAACCUCGAUCUGUCGAAGCCGGUGCGCGACUUGCUGUCGGUCAGCCUUCCCAAGCUUCCGGUCGCGCAGCAAAAGGGCAGCUUCGUCUUCACCCACUAUGACCUCUCGCCCCGCAACGUCCUCGCCACGAGAGCGGCCGAGCGCGGAGGCGAGCUGACCAUUUCGGGCAUCGUCGACUUUGAGUUUGCCGGCUUCUUCCCUCCGCUGGAAGAGUUUGUCAACGACUACGUCGAGAACAGCGGCGACUGGCCCGACAGGAUUUACCGGGCUUACCUCGAGUCACUCGCGGAGCGUGGCAUACCAACCCCGGACCGUGGGUGCGAUAGUCAGGUAUGGAGGCAGGCGUACCUGCUAGGCCUGUUGGAGAAUAACAUAGCUCCGUGGAGGCUAUUGGGCGGGCUAUCGUUACAGGAGUCUCGUCGAUUACUUGACGAGGCAAGAAACGAGGUCCGCAACGCUCUUGAUGAGCUUUCGGCUAUGACAAAGAGGGAGAUUUAG